CGGCGGGUGGGCGUCGCUGACUCGGGCCCCUUGCCGCCAGCUUAACACUAAAGCCCCACAAUGUCCUUGAAACCACGAGUAGUUGACUUUGAUGAAACAUGGAACAAACUCCUAACAACAAUUAAAGCUGUUGUUAUGUUGGAUUAUGUUGAAAGAGCAACAUGGAAUGAUCGCUUCUCAGACAUAUAUGCUUUGUGUGUGGCCUAUCCUGAACCUCUUGGAGAGAGACUUUAUACUGAGACUAAAAUUUUUUUGGAAAAUCAUGUACGCCAUUUGCACAAGAGAGUUCUGGAAGCUGAAGAACAAGUACUGGUUAUGUAUCACAGAUACUGGGAAGAGUAUAGCAAAGGGGCAGACUAUAUGGACUGUUUAUACAGGUACCUCAACACACAGUUUAUUAAGAAGAACAAAUUGACUGAAGCUGAUCUUCAGUAUGGUUAUGGAGGGGUGGAUAUGAAUGAACCAUUGAUGGAAAUAGGAGAGCUAGCUCUUGAUAUGUGGAGAAAAUUAAUGAUUGAGCCACUGCAGGCCAUCCUUAUUCGGAUGCUCCUCCGAGAAAUAAAAAAUGAUCGCUGUGGAGAAGACCCAAACCAGAAAGUAAUCCAUGGGGUUAUUAACUCCUUUGUUCAUGUUGAACAGUAUAAGAAAAAAUUCCCCCUAAAGUUUUAUCAGGAAAUUUUUGAGUGUCCUUUUCUGAAUGAAACAGGGGAGUAUUAUAAACAAGAAGCUUCAAAUUUAUUGCAAGAGUCAAAUUGCUCACAAUACAUGGAGAAGGUUCUAGGUAGGUUAAAAGAUGAAGAAAUGCGGUGUCGGAAAUACUUGCAUCCUAGCUCAUAUGGCAAAGUGAUUCAUGAAUGCCAACAGAGAAUGGUAGCUGAUCACUUGCAGUUUCUACAUGCAGAAUGUCACAAUAUUAUCAGACAAGAGAAAAGAAGUGACAUGGCAAAUAUGUAUACUCUACUUCGUGCUGUGUCAAGUGGUUUACCUCAUAUGAUUCAGGAACUACAAAACCAUAUCCAUGAUGAGGGCCUUAGAGCAACCAGCAAUCUUUCUCAGGAAAAUAUGCCAACUCAGUUUGUGGAGUCAGUUUUGGAAGUACAUAGUAAAUUUGUUCAACUCAUCAACACUGUUUUGAAUGGUGAUCAACACUUUAUGAGUGCCCUUGACAAGGCUUUGACAUCAGUAGUUAACUAUAGGGAGCCCAAGUCCAUCUGCAAAGCACCUGAGUUGCUGGCCAAGUACUGUGACAACUUGUUGAAGAAAUCAGCAAAAGGAAUGACAGAGAAUGAAGUAGAAGACAAACUUACAAGUUUCAUUACUGUUUUCAAAUACAUUGAUGACAAAGAUGUAUUCCAAAAGUUCUAUGCCAGAAUGUUGGCAAAAAGAUUAAUUCAUGGUUUGUCUAUGUCUAUGGAUUCUGAAGAAGCCAUGAUUAAUAAACUAAAGCAAGCCUGUGGUUAUGAAUUUACCAGCAAGCUCCAUCGAAUGUAUACAGACAUGAGUGUUAGUGCUGAUCUCAACAAUAAAUUCAACAACUUUAUCAAAAACCAGGACACAAUUAUAGAUUUGGGAAUUAGUUUUCAGAUAUACGUUCUACAGGCUGGUGCAUGGCCUCUAACUCAGGCUCCUUCUUCUACAUUUGCAAUUCCUCAGGAACUGGAAAAAAGUGUACAGAUGUUUGAAUUAUUUUACAGUCAGCAUUUUAGUGGAAGGAAGCUUACUUGGUUACAUUAUCUUUGUACAGGUGAAGUAAAAAUGAAUUAUUUGUGCAAACCUUAUGUAGCCAUGGUCACAACAUACCAAAUGGCAGUGUUGCUUGCCUUCAACAACAGUGAAACUGUCAGUUACAAGGAGCUUCAGGAUAGUACACAAAUGAAUGAGAAGGAGCUGACAAAAACCAUCAAAUCCUUACUUGAUGUCAAAAUGAUCAACCAUGACUCAGACAAGGAAGAUAUAGAGGCAGAGUCUACGUUUUCAUUGAAUAUGAACUUCAGCAGUAAACGAACAAAAUUUAAAAUUACUACAUCAAUGCAGAAAGACACGCCACAGGAGAUGGAGCAGACCAGAAGUGCUGUAGAUGAAGACAGAAAAAUGUAUCUUCAAGCUGCUAUAGUGCGUAUCAUGAAAGCGCGUAAAGUGUUGCGACAUAAUGCUCUUAUUCAGGAGGUAAUUAGCCAAUCAAGAGCUAGGUUUAACCCAAGUAUCAGCAUGAUUAAGAAGUGUAUUGAAGUUCUGAUAGACAAACAGUACAUAGAGCGAAGCCAGGCCUCUGCAGACGAAUACAGUUAUGUAGCAUGAUGUUGCUAUCCUGCAGGUAUGAUUGUAAGGAGAUCAUUGCUGUCACUGUUUGGUGUGUUCCUGUGGGAAGAGGCAGGCCUGUGUCUCCAUAAUUGGUCACUUGGCAGCCCCUGUUUUUCUGCUGUUUACAACAUCACCAGUGCCAUGUCAUGAGCGUCAAUGAAAAUGCCUAUAGAUAUUUCAAGCUCAUGUCAUUAUGACAUUUCUUAAAACUUUACUAAAAGAAUGAGUGAAGUAUUGCUGAAAUGUGGAAAAUUGGUUGGGUACCAUGCUUUUUUUUUCUCCCCUUUCACGUUUGCAGUUGAUGUUUUUUAAUGUAUCUUAAGACAAAGUAAAAAAAAAAAAAACCCUAAAUAUUGUAAUAUGACAGAUAACCUAAUAAUUGUAUCUACAUUAAAAUGUAAAAAAAAUGACGAACAUGAUACUGCUGCUUGUCAAAU